AAUGAAAAUUUUAAAUUAAAUCCAACAAUCGAGAAAUAUGGAACAGAUUUAACAAAGAUGGCAGGAGAGGGAAAGUUGGAUCCUGUAAUAGGAAGGAAGCAUCAGCUGGAGCGUGUGGAACAAAUAUUGUUGAAAAGGAGAAAGAAUAACCCAUGCCUUGUUGGUGAUCCAGGUGUUGGUAAAACUGUAAUCGUAGAAGGCCUUGCCCAAGCCAUAGCCAAUGCCACAGUACCACCAAAACUUCAGGAUAAGAAGGUCUUUGCCAUUGACAUGGGACGACUUGUGGCUGGUGCAUCAUGUCGUGGAGAAUUUGAGGAAAGGAUAACACAACUGGUUGAUGAAGUCAAACAAAGUGAUGGGUCAAUAAUUCUAUUCAUUGAUGAGGUGCACACUCUAAUUGGAGCUGGUUCAGGAAGAGGAGCACUAGAUGCUGCUAACAUGUUAAAACCAGCUCUUGCAAGAGGCGAAUUGAAGUGCAUAGGAGCUACAACACAAGAAGAAUACAGAGAGUACAUAGAGGCGGAUUCAGCUUUGAAAAGGCGUUUUCAAUUAGUAGAAGUACCCGAACCCUCAGUUGAUGAGACAAUCGAGAUUCUCAAGCUUCUAUGUGGGAAAUAUGAGACUCACCACAACGUGAAGUAUUCUGAAGAGGCUUUAGUUGCUGCUGCUCGUUUGUCAAAUCAGUAUAUCAGUGAUCGUUUUCUGCCUGAUAAAGCAAUAGACUUGAUUGAUGAAGCUGGAGCCCAAGUUCAUCUUCAAAAUUUGAAAGUAUCAAAUGAAAGGAGGGUGUUGAUUGAGUCAGACAUACAGCAAAUUGUCUCUUUAUGGACAGGUAUUCCAAUUGAGAUAGUAACACCAGAAGAAUCCCAGCGGCUUUUGAAUAUGGAGAAUUCUCUUCAUAAUCGCAUUAUAGGACAACAUGAAGCAGUUGAAGCUGUAAGUUGUGCUGUCCGCCGAGCUCGUGCAGGAAUUAGGGACCCCAUGCGGCCUAUAGCAAACCUCAUGUUCACUGGCCCAACAGGGGUUGGAAAGACAGAGCUGGCCAAUGCACUAGCUGUUGAAUAUUUUGGCUCAAAAGAAUCAAUGAUUAGGCUUGACAUGAGUGAAUACAUGGAGAGUCAUACUGUUUCAAAGCUUUUUGGCUCUCCUCCUGGUUAUAUUGGAUAUGAUGAGGGCGGUCAGCUUACAGAAGCUGUUCGUCUUCGACCCCACAGUUUGAUCCUCUUUGAUGAGAUUGAGAAGGCUCAUCCAUUAGUCUUGAAUGUGAUGCUUCAGAUAUUCGAUGAUGGUAGGUUAACAGAUAACAAAGGACGUAAAGUGGACUUCAAAAAUGCAGUCAUUAUAAUGACUUCAAAUAUUGGUGGUAGCUUGACUAUGAGAGAACAUUCUUUAGGCUUUGACCAAGUGAAAAUGGAAGUGGCAGAAGAACUAAGGGAAAAUUUCAGGCCUGAGUUUUUGAAUAGGAUUGAUGAAGUGGUUCUGUUUCAGCAACUAUCAAGUUCCGAGAUUAAGAAGAUUGCGGAUAUGAUGUUGAAAGAAGUAAGUGAAAGAUUGAUCAAGGCAAAGAAAAUAAAGCUCAAGGUGAAUGAGAAAGUGAGGGAGAUGUUGGUAAGAGAAGGAUACAAACCCAACUAUGGAGCUAGACCAUUGAGGAGGACCAUUGUGAGGUUAUUGGAGGACAACUUGGCCGAGGAAAUAUUAAGAGGAAACAUAAAAGAGGGAGACAGCGUGACCGUUGGCCUGGAUGACAAGGGUGACAUAAAAAUUUUCUAG